GUGCCGUGCAUGAUUUGUGAAGUGGAAAGCUUCAGCUCAUAGAAGGAAGGGUGGAAGCCAACAUUCAUGAUUGGCAUUUCUUCCCUCACACCCUGUGAGUCAGAAGGGAUCCACGUGCUCCAACCGGCCGACUGCCUUCCCAGGAAGUGGAGUCAUUCAUCAUCGAGAUGGCGAAGACAGCGGCAGACCUUGUCACGACCCACUGGAAGCACUAUGGAGUAGAUUAGAAGGUGGAUCCGUGGAGCCGGCAGUGAAAUGUUCUCAUUUUACAGAGCUCUAUUAUGUGUUUUAUGGUUUCCUCACGCGUCACUAUUAAAUCUGGACCUCCCUGGGAGAGACCGGACCAGCGUCUCCUGCUCUCAGGGUCUCUCCCAGUGCACUGUGGAUGACGCAAACACUGUCUUAGCACCAGAAAAUGGACGAGUCCAGGUCAGGAAACUGGCGCCGCAGCUGAAGCUCCGCUGCCGGGGCAGCUCACCGUGCUGCCUGUGUCUGCUGAUAGACACGGAGCUGUACAUUUCUCCGGAUACACUGCAGGAUGAUGACUCGACAGGAUCUGUGACAUUGUGUUACCAAACACCAUCAGCUCUGCCAACAUGCAAGAAAGUGGCGUUCACAAUAAACAAUGGCAGCCUUCAGCAAAACCUGGGAAAGGUGUCCUUGGUGUCAAAUAAACCAGUGGGCGUUUCAUUUGGCUCUGAAGUUCAGAUUUAUUCCUUAAACCCUCCAGCCUUUCCACUUCAAAAGAUCUCAGCUCCUUUGCUGAAAGAAGAGUGUGCCAGACCUCCCUUGAGAAACAUUGAAGAGUGCAGAGCGCCUGAAGUCCUCACUCAAAUCCACCAGGACCAGGUCCAGCUGCGACUAGAUGGGGAGGCGUUCGGCACCACAUCUGUCUGCGUCCAGUAUGAGCUGAGGGGGAUGUGUCAGGCUUGGCCUCACACCACCAUCCCUCUGCCGUCAGUGGUGCCGUGCCUCUGCAUCCAGGUAAUGUCACCGCUCAUGUUAAACAAAACGGAAGACGUACAAACAAAGAAAGUCCAUGGACUGUGUUUGCAGGCUUGGCACCACAGCAGCGCUGUGCGCUCUCUCAGCUGCCCCUUUCGGGAAACAGCUUUCCUGUACAACAACCUGUGGCAGAACGUGACGGCGUCCGCCUGGCCAGCUCACAUGACCCACGGUGGCACAGUGAUGCUGUGGAACCUGUCAGCACCCUGCACGCUGGAAGGUCACGUGUGGCCGUGCGAGCGUACGACAAGCCACUGCAGGGAGAUCCAGGGCUUCCGGCAACAGCUGGAGAACCACACAUGGACGCAGCACAAAUCUGGACGCUGGGUGAAUGAAGGAGCUUUUGAAGACAUCAACCUCGGGCUCUUACCGUGUGUGAUGGUGACACUGGAGGGAAAAGGCCACCAGCUGGGACCCUUCUGUUUCAAACACACUGAGAGGUGGCACUGGAGUCUUCUGCCUGUUGGUCUGAUCCUGCUAGUUGUCCUAGUUGGGAUUCACAUAUGUCUGUUUCACGGCCGCAUCAAGGGAUACAUAUGGGGCUGCCGUCGUGAUGGAUUUGCAAAGAUGAGAAGGAGGGGACACAUUGUGGUUAUCAGCCCUCCAGACGUGGACGCGGCUCUCUCAGAGUCAGUGUGUGGCCUCGGCUCCUCGCUCAUGACCCUGGGGUUCAGUGUUUCGGUGGACCAGUGGUGCAGGAAGGAGCAGUGUCGCCUGGGGCCCCUGCCUUGGCUGCACUCACAGCUGCUGGACAUCACCUUGCAGGGCGGCUGGCUCAUCCUGGUCUGGACCCCCACAGCCUUGGAGAAAACGGAGCAAUGGACUUGUCAACUCAAUAGGACGGUUGCAGCUAAACCAACCGACGCUCUGCAGACGUGGGGUCCUCGCGCUGACAUUUUCACUGCAACGCUGAGUCUCCUGCAGGCAGACAAGCAGCUGGGCAGGAGCAGACAACACUUUCUCCUGGUCAGCUUCGACUCAGCGCAGCCAGCUGAGCGGCAGCCACAGCUUCUGGACAGGAUUCCCUUGUUCCAGCUGCCUUCCCAAAUGCCAUGUCUCCUGGCUCAGCUCACUGGGAAUCUGAGAAGACGCUGUGUCAAAUGCUAAAGCAGCGUGUCAGACGAUCAUAUUACACUUCUAAUUCAAGUCGCAUUGUUCACAGACACAUGUGCAUGGUAGCAGUGUCCUAUAGUGGUGUCCUCCAGUCAAUAAAAGUAAUGUUUUUAA